GCACAGACCUUCACCACCUAUGCCGACAACCAGCCGGGUGUGUUGAUCCAGGUCUUCGAGGGCGAGCGUGCCAUGACCAAGGACAACAACCUGCUCGGCAAGUUCCACCUGGACGGCAUUCCGCCAGCCCCACGCGGUGUUCCUCAGAUCGAGGUGACCUACGACAUCGAUGCCAACGGCAUUCUGAACGUCAGCGCUUCGGACAAGUCUACUGGCAAGUCCAACCAGAUCACGAUCACGAACGAGAAGGGCCGUCUGUCGCAGUCCGAGAUUGACCGCAUGGUGCAAGAAGCAGAGAAGUUCCGCGCCGAAGAUGAGGCUAACAAGCUGAAAAUCGAGGCCAAGCAGAAGGAGCUCGAGGGCAUCGUGAACCCCAUCAUGAUGAAGGUCUACCAGGCGGCCGGCGGCGGUGGCAUGCCCGAGGGUGGCAUGCCCGGUGGCGGCAUGGGCGGAGCCCCCGGCGGCGGCGCCAGCGGCCCGACCGUUGAGGAGGUUGACUAA